UGUACGUACAUCUCCCUGCACGUGCUCCGCGAGCUUGUAUAACACAAUGUACUCCAAAGCCCUACUUUUCGACAGUUUGAUCUUUUUCACCGUUUACAUUUUUUCGUUUGAAACCCUACUGUGAUCCGUUUUUCUUGCACAAGUGGCUGUGAUUACUGCUGUGAUCUGAUUGCGAGGAGAAAGUUAUAUAUUCAUUCUUAAACGGUACUAUAGUGAUCUUGAAGAAGAAAUCGGCUAUUUGUAUGCAUAGGUGCUUUUCGACACAAGUAAUUUGUUUAGCGGAUACUUUUCGCUGCGCUACUUCAUUGGCUUCUCUGAUUUACGUGCCAAAUUGAAAACUAUAGUUAUUGCCACGGUCCACUGUUCUCGGUCAUCAUGAAACUGACGGAGAAACCGUGAAUAAAUAUACAAAUUGGCAUCUGAAAAAAAGUAAAGAAUAAAAGAAAAUGACGAAUCCAUCCGAGGUCGUGCAUCAGUCGUUGGCGGAAAAGAUAACGACCGACACGCUGCGCAAGAUCGCCUCCAACGAUGAGUACGACGAGAUCGAGAUGGUGUGCGUGGCCGAGUACCUUUUCGGGAUGUACGAGUGCUCGUUCGAGAGGCAGUUUGGUCUCAUAACCAGCGACGAUCCGUCAAAGAGCGCGGCUCUGGAAAAGAUCGGUAAGAUCGAUGUGCGCGACACGCCGUUCUUUGCAAUCUAUAACAAGGGCGUUAAGCACUGGGUGUGCUUUGCCGUGACUUACCUGUACAGUUCGGUCGUGGUGUUGUACAAGGACUCGCUCGGCGUGCCGAUACCCAACAAGCUGAGGGAAGCCAUUGGGGAUAGGCUGAGGGAUGAGAGGAGCCUGAGGUUCGACAGUCACAGGGGAACAGAGCAGAGCGACGAGAGCAGCUCGGGCCCGAUAUGCCUGAGGAACUUGCAGGUGCUGAUCAAGGGACUCAAGUCGGAGAUCAUCAAGGGUCCGCUGAUAGAAAAGUUCCAAAAAGUGCGCUUCUGCACGCAGUACGGAGUGCAGAGCGUCAAGAGGGAGUUCCGGCUGUGGCUGCAAAAGUACCUGCUCUCCGGCCUCGAGGAGGUGGCUACCGAUCUAAUGAGCGACCGAAGCUACGAGAUCUUUAGGGAGAGUCUCUGUAGUUUUCUUGAGAGCUGCACCAAACUUUUAAAAGAGACCUUUGUCCUGUCGAGCAAUUACACGUCUCUGCUGAAGACCGAGGCGAAGAAGAAGGACCAGGAUCUCAAGUACGAGUCGGACCACAAAACGCUAAAGGCUCUGAAAAACGCCAGAAACAACUUUUAUGUCAAUUCUGAAGUUGCCAAGAGCAUGAAAUUUGAUAAGAACGACUUUAUUGAUCUCGACAACGGGAACAGAGUUUACAAUCUUGACAUACAGGAGAGAUUUCCCGAGCAGAUGCAAAAGUUCACCAAGAUCUUCGCAGUGCUGGCACAGGCCGAGAUGAACGAGGAGCUAGAAAGGGCCCUCAGAAAAGUCAGCGAUCUGUUGCGACUCGAUUACGAGAAAAUAAAGGUCUACUUUGAGCAGCAGAAGUCGCCGAGGCGACCUGAUUUCAUGAGGGCUGAUGUUGAGCCGCCUAACGUCGUCGUGGUCGUCGAAAAGGCACUAUUGGCUGUCAAGUCUAAGGCGAAAGCAAACAAGACCAAAGCCGACUCCACCGACAAGAAAAUCAAAGACUGGGACCGGCUGUUGUCCGAACUCGUGCUCGACGCCCACGCGGACGACUCUACCAGUGCGGAGGAGCUCGCAGCCCAAACACGGCGCAUCCGCGAGUGCCUGCCUCUGAUAAGCAAGUACUACGACGAGUUCUGGUCCACCCGAGGUGCAGCGCAAAUCAACGAGUUCGCCAAGGCCUGCAGGCAGACGGAGAGGGUCUUCGACGUGGACAAGCUCUGCGAGGCCGUGGCCGUGAUGGACCGGGCCAACGAGCUCGCGACCGGUGGUCACAGGCUGCGCGCCCCCCAGGUCUUAUCCAUGCUGGUCUUUCUCAGCUGCUCGAACCACUCGCGCGGCAAGCUCUGCCAGAUCGAAAGUGGCGAAGGGAAAACGGUGAUCGUGUCGCUCCUCGCGGUCAUGAUGAUACUGCAGGGCGAAAAAAGCGUCGACGUGAUAACGAGCAACGCCGUCCUCGCGCAGGAGGGUGUUGACAGUCGCAAGCUGUUCUACACGAUGUUCAACGUUAGCGUCGCCUCGAACGCACCAGACAAGACCUACGCCACCGGACCGAGAAAGUGUUACCUGGCGGACGUUGUUUACGGAAGCAUAAGCGACUUUCAGUUUGAUUACCUGAGAGAUACAGCCGAGGGUUUGGGGACGAUGAGCGGCCGGCAAUUUGGCCGGGUUAUCCUGGACGAGGUGGACAACAUGCUCGUGGACAACGGGCGUCACAUUGCCAAGAUAUCUUCGCCGUUCCCCGGAAUGGAGAAUCUCAAGUACAUCUAUCUGAGGAUCUGGAGCGAGCUGCUUAGCGUCGAAUCCGACCUGAUGGACGACUUCCAGGAUAAGUUGAACGGUUUCGCUGACGUACGGAAUGCCAAGGAAAUGGCCGUCCGUGAGUUCGUCAAAAUCUUCGAUUCGUCCAUGGUUGGACGCACGGAGGAAAGGAUAAAGGCUAAUUUGCAGGAUCUAGACCUAAAGUUCGUCCCAACGCACUGCCUGAAAUACGUCUCGAACAUGAUACCGAAGUGGAUCAGCAAUGCAAUCCGCGCCCGCUAUUUCAUCAACGAGAACGAACAGUACUCCCUGAAAGAAGUUAACGGCGAGCUAUCUAUCGUCCCAGUGGACUACAGCAACACCGGUGUCACUCUAAAAAACACCGUCUGGUCGUAUGGACUACACCAGUUUGUCCAGAUAAAGCACAACGUACGCAUAACUCCCGAGAGUUUGACCAGCAGCUGUGUCUCGAACUACGCCUUCAUCGGGAAGUACGGUUACAGGAUUUUUGGGCUGACUGGCACUUUGGGCUCGAAAUCCGAGCAGCUACUGUUAAGUUCCAUUUACAGCGUCGACUACGCCAGGGUCCCUACCUACAGAAACAAAACAUUCAAGGAGUUAAAGGGUAUCGUCGUGCCGGACGACGAUUGGAGCUACGAGGUCACCCUCAUGACUGUCGGCUUAAUACGCAAUACCGGCCGUGCGGUUCUGAUAAUUUGCAAGACGAUAGCGGAUUUGAUGCAACUAGAAGAGCAGCUCGCCUCGAUCAUAAGCUCGCAGACGUGGUGGGACUGCAAAAUCCAGUUGAAAAAAUUCCAGGACGAGGAGACGGCUGACGUUACCCGUGAGACCGUGGGUCCGGGUGAUGUAAUAGUAGCGACCAACAUUGCUGGACGUGGGGCUGAUUUCAAAACUUCGCGCGAGCUCGAAAAGAACGGUGGCUUGCACGUGCUCGUCGGUUUUUGUCCUGACAACGAGAGGGUCCGCGAACAGGCGUUUUUCAGAACCUCGAGGCAAGGAAAUCUGGGUUCAGCUCAGCUCGUUGUUCGCGAGAGCGAAAUCAGAAAGCUGGGUGUUGACACGAUUGAUUUGGAAAAGGUUGACUUUGACGAGGUAAAAAGGAGAAUCGAUAUCAUCGAAAGGGAAAGACUGAACGACAUAAAGUUAUCAAAGGUCGAUGUGCUUCGGUAUGAGGACACGCUGUUCAUGCUGUUCUCCGAUAUGUGUCAGGAACUUAAGAACAACAAUGUCAUCACGUGGGGCCACUCGUACUUGAUGAAGGACCUCAAGGAGUUUUGGGCUUUUUGGCUCGAGGACCAAAAUUUCGAAGGCAAAAAGUAUUCUCUGAAGGACGCGAGCUUCAUUUUCUUCCAGUUCAAACAUCACGAUGUGACUAAAAAAAUCGUCGCUGGUACGAUAUCGCAGAAUCCGUACUACGGUGUUCUUCAAGCUGACUUUUUCUUAAAAAACGACGAGAUUGAGAAGACAAAGAACUCGCUGGUCAACGCCGUAUGUAUGUGCAAGAACGCCAACGUCAUGUAUCCUGCGUUCAUAUCUUUAUUCGACUCAACCCUGGAAGAAAAAGGACCCCUUUUGCCGAGAUUCAAGAGCUUCUUGUCCAAGGUGUUCGCGAGUAAGCCCCAAAACGAUGAAAAAGUCCCAAACUUUGCCGUUGAGCUCGUUGAAUACCUUAAAAUGGCGCACGCCGGGUUGACGGAAGAGAUAGACUUCAUGGAGACCUACUAUUUCAACGACGAUUACAACUUUGAUUUCAAGCGUAUGCUCGUCAAGCCAAAAGGCAAAGAAAAUUUGAUGGUUAAGCACAUCGCUGCCAAGCUCACAUGUCUCAAGGUGUAUAGCGGUAACGUCGAGCUGUUGCUCGAGGCUCUGGACGGCAGCGAUACGCACAGUUUAGCCGUGAACAAGAGGAUAACGGAUUACUUGAAAAAUUUUUCGCCGGACACCAAGGAAGAAAAGCAGACAAGGGAGCUCAUGUCCGAGGCAGAGGUGUCGGAGUUAGGUUCAAAGGGUUUGAAAACAAUUUACGGUCUGAAGAGAAUACCCGUCGUGCCCGACUCGGUUCUCGAUAAGGAGCGCAAACAAAUACUGGGUGCACUGUCUCUGAUCGCACGAGCAACGGCUUUUCCACCCCUGAAUUUCGCAGUAGCCAACGUAACGAGUCUCAUGAUAGCUGAGGCUAUCGCCUCGGUUGUGCUCCAAUUUUUCAAGGACAACAACAACAUCGACGAUCUCGUCGACAAAAUCGAGUACCUCAAAGGUAAAACGCUGAACUACAUAGUGAGCCUGAUGACGUCCGGCGCCCUGAACCACGACGUUUGCGUAAAAAUAUUCCUGCGCAUGGUCAGGUGCUACCGUGAGUCGUACUACUUGCUCGAGCACUCGUCUGAAAACACGAGACUCCUCAAGUCCGUCAAUUCGACGCAAAUCCUGCAGGACGUCAAGGCUGUGGAAAACAGCGCCAAGCUCGGAGCGUCCGGGUGGACCAGACGGAUACGCGUACCUGAGACUUUGGCCCAAGAGUUCUUCGAGAGCGGCGUUGAUGGCACGAUCGUGGGUUCUCUCGUUGAGUUCGUCGUUGUAAAGGGACCGGCUGUUUUGGAAAAUGGUAAUGGCGUAGAGGAGAAGCGGAAGACUCCGAAAAAAUCCACCUUUUUCCACGCCGCGGCAAAAGGUGUCCAGGGCAUGCCAAGGGUCGAGAAGUAUCUCUCCUCGGUGGCACCGAAAAAGUAUGGCGGAUCGUUCGACGAAGUGCGCUUCCAGUUCCCAAAGAGCGAGAGCCUCAUGUCAACCGUAUGUCUACCCAGCGAGGCUUGCCUAAAAAAUACGCCCUACUCGUCGAUUGAGAGAUCUCAACUGCCAGCCAUCUCUAUGCUAAAAAGGGACUAUCGAGGCCUGCGCUUCGUCUCCAGGGUGGAAGCGAGUGGAGCGAGCAAGAAGUCGUACGUCCAGCAGCAGAGAGAGCUGCUGGAAAAGGGCGAGUUCUGGCAGGUGCUGAAGAACGAGGUGGCUGAGAUAAUAGCCGUGUCGCGGUUUUAUCAGCUGAAUCGGAUGGAGUACGCCAACUAUACGACACCCAUUGUGCAGAUGCUGCAGUACUGCAAAGGUGACGACGUGCUCGGAGCGCCGGAGCUUACCGCCAACGUGCCGAAGGGCAGGCUCAUCAGUCAGGAACAAUACAACUCGAUCGUGCAGCUCUUCAAGUUGAAAGCGGAGGUUUCGUGAUAUGGAUAUGAUUUAUUUGAUUGUUGUAUAUAUAUUUUAUAUUGUAAUUUAUUCUUGUUGUUGAUAAUUGUGGAUAAUCUUUUUUUUGAAAUGUUGACUCGUUGAGAAAUCGUUAAUAGAUCAUUUGUUAAUAGAUCAUGGAUUAUUUUGUAUUAAAUAAAAGUUAUCUCGUUAUAAAUAGUUAUUAUUGGUUUGAGUUCAAUACAUCAUGUGUUCAAACCAAUAAUAAUCAGGAUGUGAUUGAUAAUUGUGAGGAAUGAAAAAAAAAAACGAAUGAAAAUUUUCGCUACAAAAGG